AUGUGCAUCUUCUGCGAAAAGGCCAAGAGCGAACUGGAUGGAAAUUUAACUGCCGCACAGAAGCGAGAGAUCGAGUCCUGCGUCGACUUGCAGGAACGGCGCAUUCGGGCCACCAUCCUCACUGGCUUCCUCGGAGCAGGGAAGACUACCUUCCUGAAUUUCGUGCUGAAAAGUCUCGGGCAUGGACGGCGCAUUGCAGUUGUUCAGAACGAGUUCGGCAAGGUCCCAAUCGAUGACCAACUCAUGCUGCUUGAGAAGUCUGCCGCAGAGACCAUCGUGAUGCCCAACGGCUGCCUUUGCUGCCGAGUUCGUGGAGACCUGGUCGAUGCUCUGAGGCGCCUCGCUGAUGCUCCGGAGACUUUGGCCGCCGAGGCGUCGGGCGGCCAAAAACUGGACUCUCUGCUUAUCGAGUGCUCUGGCCUCUCGGAGGUGCUGCCGGUGGCCCAGACCUUUUUCUCAGACCCCUUCGUGCAGGCAUCUUUCAAGCUUGACAGCGUGGUCUGUGUUUGUGAUGCAGCCAGCUUUGACCAGCUCGAGGGCGGCGUUGCCUCCGAGGGUGCCGCUGGCGCAGAUGUGGCGCAGCUCCUCAGAGAGCAGCUUGCCAUCAGCGACGUCUGUUUGCUGAACAAGUGCGACCUCGUGGAUUCGGCUCAGAGGGACCAGGUGUCCUCUCGCAUUCGCGAGGUGAACCCGGCCGUGCGGGUGGUCCCCUGCCGACAUGGCAAGGUGAAUUUGGCGCAGGUCCUGCAGGUGAACUCUUUCUCACUCGACGGGGCGAUCUCGCUGGAUGCGCACUUCCUGACGUCGGAUGCCGACCAUGGGGACGGCCAUGGAGAAGGUCACGAUCAUGGACACGGGCGUGAGGAGCACCCCCACGCUCACAGCGCCAUGAGCAGCCUAGGCCUUGAAAUAGCGGAGGCCAUCGAACGCUCGGCUCUCGAGGACUGGCUCCGGAGCGUCGUGGAGCGCUUGGGGCAGGAUCUGAUUCGUCUGAAGGGCGUCCUACGCCAACACGGAGAGGCAAGCUGCCUCGUGGUGCAAGGUGUAGGCGGGCACAUUGACGUCUCCGAUGCGUCCGACCUGCAACCCGCCACCAGUCGCCUGGUGAUCAUUGGCCGCGUGUCGGACUGGGGUCUGCGCAAGGAGCUCCAAGACGGAUUCCUUGCACUGGGCGCCGCGAGCGCCAAGCAGGGGCCCGGGUCAAGGGCUUUCCAGCCUCCGGAUAGGAUGUCUGCGUCCAAACUGCGUGCAGAAGGUGGUUGA